CAGCCAGAUUGAACCGUAUCCUCCGCCGGAAGAACAACGAGGUGGGCGCCAACGGCCAGGGCCGCGAGGCGGGAGUUGGCGCGGGAGCGCGGCGUCGAGGGGCCGGACUAGCUUGGGCUGGGGCCCUGCUUCUUCGAAUCGAGAGUCUCCUCUUUCGAACGGCGUGGCGCCGCAGGUGGCCUGGCCGCGGGCACCGGGUGGUGGCGGGCGGCGAGCCCGGGGCUCCUAGCUGGGUGCGGGCGUCGUCUCCGCGGCAGGGGCCACCCCGGAGCCCGCCCCCCUCGGCAUGAUUGACUCGGUGAAGCUGCGCCGCGACAGCGCGGCCGACUUCUUCUCGCACUAUGAGUACCUGUGCGCGCUGCAGGACUCGGUGCCGCUGCCCGCCGUGCGCGCCUGCCUGCGGCAGGGCGUGCUGGACUUCAACGCUGACCGCCUCCGCGUCGUGGACUGGGCGCCGCUCCUGAGCUCCCUCAAGGUUAAUAAAGAUCUGCCCUUGAUCUCUAUAAAGAGCUACUUCCAACCGUGGCUUGGGGAAACAGGUUCUGAGAGAAAUAAAGUUUGCAGAAGUCGCAUUCCUGCAGUUAGAUCCAAAGAUGUGACCUUCCAGUUAUGUAAAGCUCUUAAAAGCUGUUUAAGUGCAUCAGGUAUUUUGAAGAACCUGGAAUUAAAUGGACUAGUUCUGAGAGAGAGAGAUUUAACUGCUUUAGCCAAGGGAUUGAACAAAUCGGCCUCUUUGGUGCACCUGUCUCUCGCAAAUUGUCCAAUUGGAGAUGGAGGUUUAGAAAUUAUUUGUCAAGGUAUAAAGAACUCUAUCACUCUUAAGACUGUAAACUUCACAGGGUGUAAUCUGACAUGGCAGGGAGCAGAUCACAUGGCCAAGAUCUUAAAGUACCAGACCAUGCGAAGGCAUGAAGAAACCUGGGCUGAGAGUCUUCGUUAUAGGAGACCUGAUCUUGACUGUAUGGCUGGCUUAAGGCGCAUCACUUUCAAUUGCAAUACACUCAUUGGUGACCUGGGCGCAAGUGCUUUUGCAGAAUGUCUUAGUGAAGAUUUAUGGCUUAGAGCACUCGACCUGCAGCAGUGUGGUCUCACCAAUGAAGGAGCAAAUGCUUUACUAGAGGCCCUUGAAACCAAUAGAACUCUGGUCGUUCUGGAUAUAAGAAAAAAUCCACUAGUUGAUCUUUCUGUGAUGAAAGCAGUUAUCAAAAAAGUUCUCCAGAAUGGAAGGAGUGCUAAGUCUGAGUACCACUGGAUAACUUCUCCAUCAGUAAAGGAACCACCCAAAACUGCUCGACAGAAAAAGAGAACUAUAAUUCUGGGAAGUGGUCGAAAAGGAAAAGCUACUAUUCGAAUAGGACUGGUUACAAAGAAACCUGUAAAUAAUGGAAGGAAACAUGCCUUUGAUAAAGAAUAUUAUGCUCCUGAACCCCUACCACCUGGUGUGUCUGGUUUCCUGCCAUGGCGUACUGCAGAACGUGCAAAAAGAAAUAGGGGUUUUCCAUUAAUCAAAACUCGUGAAGUGCACAGUCAGUUGCAGCCAUCAGAUUUUCCUGUAACUGUGACAGUAGAGAGUCCUUCUUCCUCAGAAAUCGAAGAAGUUGGUGAUUCUUCAGAAAGUGUUCAUGCAGAGCCUGGGAAAACCAGUUUAAAACAAGAAGCAUUACAGGAAAAGCUGGAUGAGUGCCUAAAGCAAUUAAAGGAGGAAAGAGUAAUAAGGCUUAAGGCGGAUAAAAGAGUCACUGAGCUGGAACAUGAAAAUGCCCAGUUAAGAAAUAUAAAUUUCUCUUUGUCUGAAGCUCUUCAUGCACAUUCAUUGACAAGCAUGAUCCUGGAUGAUGAAGGUGUUUUGGGCAGCAUUGAGAAUUCUUUUCAGAAGUUCCAUGCUUUCUUAGAUCUCCUUAAAGAUGCUGGGCUUGGGCAGCUAGCCACAAUGGCUGGUAUAGAUCAGUCAGACUUUCAUUUGCUAGGUCGUCCCCAGAUGAAUUCUACCAUUAGUAGUCCACCUAAAGAAGGAAAAAAGGCAUGUGAAGAAGAAAAAUCAGAACCAAAGCAGACUUCCCUAGGACAAAUGCAAAAUAUCCAAGUUUCUAUUUGUAUGCAGUCAGCUUACAAUGAAGGAACACUAAUGAAGUUUCAGAAAAUUACAGGUGAUGCUAGAAUUCCUUUGCCUCUCAACUCCUUCCAUGUCCCGGUUUCUACUCAGGAGGCCUUAGUAACUUCCAAAGACAACCUGGAAGUUCCAGUCACUGAGCAGCAUCAGGGGUCUUUGGAAGAAUUCAUUGCUAGAGCAUGUUCUCCUUUGGCAGAGGUGAUUUCUAGAACUGGAAGUCAAGGAAAAGAGGAGGAGUUGUCCAGAAGUAGCAAAUCUUCUUCAGAGAAAAUGACCAAAACAGGUGACUAUAUCAAAAGACACUCUGCUAAGAAACAAACUGGAAAGGAUCUGCAUUCCUACUCUGCUGUAAACCGGAGGAGCAAAGGAAUCAGGGAAAAUAGUUCUUUGACUAAUGAACCAAUUAAAAGUGAGCCUUUGAAAAAACACAUUUCUGCCAAGAAAGAAAGUGGAAUAGUGACCGUUUCAUCUAAGACAAAUAAAAUUAAACCCAAUCCACUAGAACAUUCUGAAAGUGAUACACUUGGAUCUGAUUUUGAAUUUGAAGAAAGCAUCCAUGCACUAUCACGCCUGACAUAGGUCUAAAUCUUUUGAAAUUAUGUUUUUGCCUUCAAUUUUAAUAAAUUCCUUUGUUUUCGUUAUGGCAUAUGGUGUU